CACGCACGUAAAAUCAGUCGUUUGGACGCGUUCACAGCGUCGUCAGGUGCUGCAGCGUCUAUAAACGCCCACCUAGAAGAGCACCAGACGAGAGCUGCGCUUACAUCCGAGAUGGCAAAAGCAGAUCAACGCUUUGGGCAGAGAGAUGGAUCUGAUCAGAACUUUGACUACAUGUUCAAACUCCUGAUUAUUGGCAACAGUAGUGUAGGAAAGACCAGCUUUUUAUUCAGAUAUGCAGACGACUCUUUUAGCAACUCUUUUGUCAGCACAGUCGGCAUCGACUUUAAAGUGAAGACGGUUUACAGGAACGACAAGAGAGUGAAGCUCCAGAUAUGGGAUACAGCGGGACAGGAACGGUAUAGAACUAUUACUACAGCUUACUAUAGAGGAGCCAUGGGCUUCAUCCUCAUGUACGACAUUACAAAUGAAGAGUCCUUCAAUGCAGUGCAGGACUGGGCAACACAGAUUAAGACCUAUUCAUGGGAUAACGCUCAGGUGAUAUUAGUGGGGAACAAAUGUGACAUGGAUGAAGAGAGGGUGGUGCCUUUUGAGAAGGGGAAACACUUGGCCGAACAGUUAGGGUUUGAGUACUUCGAAGCCAGCGCCAAGGAGAACAUCAACGUCAGACAAGUAUUCGAGCGCUUAGUUGACAUUAUCUGCGUGAAGAUGUCCGAGAGAGUCGAUACAGAUCCACCCAUGGUCAUCGGUGCCAAAACCACCCGGCUAACCGAUAAGCCGCCCCAGCUACCUCAGAAUUGUUGCUGAUUUCCAUCGCAACUCAUAUGCCAACUUAUUAGCAGCGGAUCCGAUGUUGUUUGAUGUUCUGUUAUAUGGCGAUUGGAACCAAUCUGGGGUGCGUUUCAUAGUAUGAUGCAUCGUUAGAAAAACUUAACUAGCCAGUGACGAAAUCGUAGUAGUAACGUGGUCGCACCUUCAUCAUUUUAACAAUAUAGAAUUGUUGUUAAUGACGUCGCACCCAGGUGGUGGAGUAAAAACUUCUGCUAAAUAAUCAAUUUGAUAGUUUAUAGUUCAUUUACACAAACAACAGAACGCUGUUAAAAUCACGUUAACAUACUAUUGAAUUGGCGUAAAAUUUACUUCUCCUCAACGUAAUUUUUCUACAAACGUAGCAUCUGACGAUUACUUAACUAUUUUGUUCCCCUCGUUUUUCUAUAUUUGAUGUACGAUUCAUUGCGUGUUUUCUUUUUGCAGCACACUCCAGGGUUCCUGUACGCAUUUACGCACAUGCGCACUCUUUGAAAAUGCAUACAAAAUAAUGUAUAUAGAUUAAGACAACAUGCUAACAAUAAUCUAUGCUUGUAACCACAGAAAGAGAGCUGUAGUAAGUUUUCGAUGCUGUUUGCGAAUAUUCAUUGAAACUAUGGUUUCGGGAAACACCGAAUCAUUGAAUUACGUUGAUAAUAACGCCUGAACUUGCGACCGUAGUUGGCUAACAAUGCUUCGGGAAACGCACCCUUGUUCAUUUGUAGCUGUCAAACAUGUGAAGUAGUUCAGUAAUAAUAGUACACUUCUAACUUAAUCAAUCCAUAGGAAACUCAAAGCAGGGACUAGAGCAAAGCACAAAAACUACUACUUGGCUCUCAGAACUUCAGUGUUCACUGCCGAAACUAGAUUUAAAACACAAUCUGUUGUGACGCAAUCUUGCUAAUCUUGUGUAGUAGCCUAUAUGAGUACUUUUAAGGGAUAGUUCACCCAAAAGUAAACAUUAUGCCAUUUACCUCAUCCUUAAAUUGUACCAAAUCUGUAUGACUUUCUAUCUUAUGUUAAACACAAAAGAAGAUAAUUUGGAGAAUGUUGUUAACCAUGGAAGUGGAAGUGAAUGGCUACCAGCAGCUGUUUGGAUCAUACAGAUUUGGAACAACAUGUGGAUGAGUAAAUGAUGACAAAAUGGGUGAAGUAUCCCAUCAGUGAAGGUAAAAUGGUGGAUAUUUUGUUAAAAGGCACAAAGAUAAACUCAGACUUUUGCAAAAUGGCCAUUACGCAGUUUUCAGGGUGGUUUUGAAGCUCUGAUUUGAUUGGAUCAGAAGCAGAUGCACAUUGUAUGUUGGACUCCAUCUAUUAACUGCUGGCACAGUAUGUGUUUUGAGAAUAUGAGCACUAUCUUUAUAAUAAGAGAGAAAAAAUGUGACGUUUAGUAAAUUCAUGAUUAGGUACGCUAAAUAAAAUUCAUGUCUUACACAAAAAUAUGAUAUUGAAUUCAUGUUAAUCUUAGUAUUGUCAGAAACCACAUGUAACAGUGUAAUAAUAGACUGAACACAAUCAGCACAUUCCAUAGUCAGGUGACGUUCAAAAGAUAUUAUUCUUCGCUCAAAUCCUCGAGCGGAACGUCAAGAUAUUGUGAACUCGUGCCAGGAUGUCUUUAUAUUUCAGAAACUUGUAGCAAAUCCUUGUGGGUUCGUGUAAGUAUAAUCUACUUUGGAUUUUUAUCAAGUGACGUAUGAGUGUUUUAUGUAACUAUAGUCGAUAUUAUUCCAAGUAAGAUAUUUUUAAUUCCGAUGUUAUAGGCUACUUUUUGUUUUCCUGAGUAUAUAUUUAUUUUUAUGCUGCUGGAAUAUAUAGUUGUACCUUUGCUGUCAGUGUAUUUUGAUUUGUAGACAAUAUGCACUGGGGCGUACAGUGAUUGUACAGUUGUGAAUGUUACUUUUAGAUGCAAUUUGUAACAAUAAAAGCACAAAUCACAUAUAAUAAUGCUAAUAUUUACGUGCCACGUCUGUCAUUGUUUGUAUGUUACGCUGAUGGGCAUCCGCCUAUAAUAAGGAUAUAUAGGCUAUAUACAGUGUAUACUAUAUGAAAUCAAAACU